ACGAAUGAAUGAAUUAAUGAAUGCCUAAUCACUAAUGCCUUGAAAAUAAUAUCCGUUACAUCCUGAUAAGCUUUACCGCUGCGUUGCCUGAGCUUUCAUCGGUAGCUUGCGAUAGCUCGACUGAAGUUUUUCCGAACUUCCGAAGGGACUCCCUACCAUUUUUUGUAUUUACGAUAGAACAACCAGUUUCGUUGAUUGGCACCGUUCUAUCGGUUUCGACUUUUUUCAUUUUGUCGAACGUCUGUUGUUAUCGCACCGUAACGCUCGUAUUCAUAAUUCGUAUCUAUCUACUCCUCAAGUAGGCUAUUAAUUUUUAUAUUCUUCUAUCAUUUCUUCGUCGAGUAUUAUUCGGUACGGUUCUGCUUGUUUGAAGAAAUAAUUCUUCGUUUCUGAAAUUUCAAAAUGUCGAAUCCGGUAUUAGGUAAUUCGCCGAAUGCGGCCAUCAACAAGAACAUCCUCGCCAGGUAUUUCCAAAUACCUAUACCUGAAAAUAAGGUCCAAGCGAUGUACAUCUGGAUCGAUGGUAGUGGCGAAUACGUUCGUGCCAAAACCAGAACUUUGGAUUUCAUUCCAAAGAAACCUUCGGAGUUACCGAUUUGGAAUUACGAUGGAAGUUCAACGGGCCAAUCUAGCGGAAUGAAUUCCGAUAUGUAUUUAUAUCCAGUAGCCAUUUAUCCGGAUCCUUUCAGAUUGGGUAACAACAAAUUGGUGCUGUGCGACACGUAUAAACACGACAAAAAACCAGCCGAAACCAACCACCGACACUCGUGUUUGAAAGCUAUGGAAGCAGCUGCUGACCAGCAUCCGUGGUUCGGUAUCGAACAAGAAUACACGUUAUUGGAUAUGGAUUACCGUCCUUUCGGUUGGCCAAAAGGAGGUUUCCCCGGACCACAGGGACCGUACUAUUGCGGCGUAGGCGCUGACAAAGUGUACGCUAGAGAAAUCGAAGAAGCUCACUACCGUGCUUGUUUGUACGCUGGUAUCAAUAUCGCCGGUACGAAUGCCGAAGUGAUGCCUGCUCAGUGGGAAUUCCAAGUCGGACCUUGCGAAGGUAUCUCGAUCGGCGAUGAAUUAUGGGUAGCCAGAUUUUUGUUACAUCGUGUCGCCGAAGAAUUCGGAAUUGUGGUAACUCUCGAUCCUAAACCGAUGCCAGGCGAUUGGAACGGCGCCGGAGCUCAUUGUAAUUUCUCCACCAAAGCAAUGAGGGAAGCCAACGGUAUCAUCGAAAUUGAAAAAGCCAUCGACAAAUUAUCUAAACAACACGUCAGACACAUUACCGCUUACGAUCCUCACGGAGGCAAAGAUAACGAACGUAGAUUGACCGGUAAACACGAAACUUCAUCGAUACACGAUUUCUCUGCUGGUGUUGCCAAUCGUGGAGCUAGUAUUAGAAUUCCACGUUCUUGCGCCGAAGAAAAGAAAGGCUACUUGGAAGAUCGUAGACCAGCGUCGAACUGCGAUCCGUACAAGGUAGCCGAAACCAUCGUUAGAACCGUUUGCCUGAAUGAAUAAUACAUACCUAGGAGUGUAAUAAAACAUCGCGAUUUUAUAAAAUGUUGUACAAAUAUCUAUACACGUGUACCUUACGCUUUACGUAAUCGCGUCGUUUUCGUAGGGUAUUUCAAAAUUGAAAAUUUACAUUAUAAUGUACUACUUCAAAACAUUUUACCUUAAAUUUAAUGAAACGCAUUUUAUCGUUUAAGCAUAGUCGUAAGUAAUUUUUAUAGUUACCCCGGUUAUUUUUACACGUACGCGACAAAAACCGCUGCUAAAAGCUACAUUUUUUGAUUUAUUAAUUUUUUUUUCAAUUUUUUAAAAAAAAAUUUACGAGGUACGAACUAGUUAAAAAUAUUGGGUUUUUCUUGCUACCGAAUAGGAAGCUUCGUCGUGGUUGAUUAGGAUAAUUUGCUAGAAAUUUUAACGUCGUUUUCUACACUGUUAAAUGGAUUAUUCCUUGGGUGAUAAUUUUUUUUUCUGUAAAAAUGGAUCAAUUGUGUUCAAGAUUUGUACUUGUUUUUUCGAAAGGUGAAUUUUUAUAAAAAUUGUUUCAAUAAUUUAUCGUGUCACAGUGUGGGGUCUAAAAUUUCAAAUAACGCGCCUGUUUUUCUCUGUACGUACAUUCUUUACUUUGUUUUACUUACCUUUGUUUUGUUCUGUUAUUUUGUUUUCUUUUUUUUUAUUUCGUUUAUAUAUUUUUAUUUAUUAUUAUUAUCUCCAUCAAAAAAGUUGUUUUAUAUUAAUUUGCGUGAUUGUAUUCGAACGGUUUUCUGUUCGUCAAAGAAUAAUUUCGUUCAAAGUGUUAUAUUUUAUUAUUAUAUAGUGUGUGUGUAAUUGGUUACGUUAUUAAUAAAAAAACCAAGCAAUUGAA